UGCUGUGUUGUGUCCUUUGACUGUGUCGCUGUCUGCCUGUCUGCCUGUCUGCCUGUCUGUCUGUCUGUCUCUGUGUAUGCCUACCUGAAGUACAAGUCCAACUCCCUCUCGGUGAUGUCGUUGUGUGUGGGCGAAUGGCUGUGAGAGUGGCGCGAAUAUCCUGCUUCACGCCGGCCUCGUCCAACACAGGAACAAACGGCAUCUGUCAACCCUGCAGAAGUGCAUCAAUCACAUAUCGUGUCGCACAGGAGUGUUCUCUCCCCGCCCAACACGGCUCUCUGUGAGUGAGUUGGUGAAUCUCUGCUGUACGCGUCCCUGGGCAUCCUGUGGCCAGAAGAGGCCGUUGCUCGGCGCUCCGAAGAUCCCCAUCAUACCCUCGAGGGCCGCUGCGUCCGACCCGUCUUCGUACACGUUGCACGCCUGGUCGACCCAUUGUACAAACGGAUACAGCCCCGCCCGCAGCUCCAUCAGGGCCUGGAUGUAUGCUUGCACAUCGCCCUUGGGGCCGUACGGCCUCUCCCUCAGCCUCAUUUCUGUGGGGCGGGUGGCGGUUGGGUACUGACCGACAGACAGGGGCAACACACACACGGAAAGACAGAGAGGCACAUAAAAUAUAUAUGUCUCUAUCUGUCUGUCUGCCUGUCUGCAGCGGGCUGGAUGGGCUGGGUAAAAGAGAGUGCACGUACAUACCAUGUUGUGGUCGACUGCGUCGUCGGGUGGGACCUGGUCGUCCUUGGCGCACCCCAGGUCGAUCACGUGCAGAUGGCCCUGGGCAUCCCGCGUGAGGUUCUGCUUCUUGACGUCAUUGUGAGUAACUGAAAUGAGAAAAGAGGAAGAGAGAGAGAGUCAUGUGUGUAGAGCCAGAGGCAUACGUCCGUGCGUUCAUCUCUGUAUGUGUCUUUCUGGCUGACCUCCAUCCUGGUGCAUGGCUUGAAACCCCUGCAGGCCCUGUCGCGCGAUGUCGCGACACUCGGCCAGUGGCGGUCCCAUCGCGAGAUUGGCCGUGUGGAUGGCCAGGUCCUCCCCACAGUCAGGGAGCACGAGGUAGCCGUGCUCGUCGUCGACCUCGAAGUAGUACGUCAGGGGCGUCACGACAUGCGGGCUGGCCAUGGUGUUGGGCCGGGUGAGAUACAUGUGCUCAUCUAUGUACACCAAACGAAGGAUCCGAGAGAAAGAUCUUGGCGCGCAUGCACUUACUGUCCAGCGCCGCUGCAGGACCCUCACCCUCAGCCUGAAAAUGCAUUGCAGGCACGCAGAGAGGAAUUCAGAAUUAUAAUCGCCGAGCUGCAGUGCGUCCCUUCUUGAUGUAUGCACGUUGGCCUCUCCAUCCAUGUAUCGGGCGGACUGACGCGUCCAGGUCGGGCGCCCCCCUUCGCUCCUCGCCUGCUCGAUGAGUCUGUCGCGCGCCUCUUCCAUCUGAAAGCACAUGCGAUUGCUGCAGACGUGCAGGAGGUUAAGUCUGAAGCUGAUACUUACUACUUUGACUUUCUGCUUCAGACUGCAUGACACCCUAUACAAUGCAUGCUUGGCGCGCUUCUCGCACUGCAUCCAUCUGAGAGAGAGAGAGAGAGAGAGAGAGAAAAAGAAAAAGUAUGAGGUAUGUCUGCUCGGGGCCGAUGGAGAGGCUGCCUCCCGCCCAUCUGCAGCUGCUGCUCCUCCAUCUCCUCCAUCUUUCGCUCGGCAUCCCUCAAGCGACUCUCGUACUCAGACGUGUCGUCAUCAUGCUUUUGCUGAUAUUGGAACCACAGGACACAACGCCAAUGAAGGAUGUGUCUCUGCCCCACCUUUAGUUCUUGGUAUUUGUCUUCCUGCUCGGUGAGUCUGUUCUGCCAGUCCUUUUCGCCGCCGUCGGACGCGUCCUGUAUUGCAGUCUUGGCGCCUGUGUGUGAGUGCCUGCACCUGGCGCCCGCUGUCUUUGAGCAUCUGCGCCUUGACCUGCACUGCUAUGUCCUUGCCUUUCACCUUAGACUCGACCGUCUUCAAUCUCCCACGCAUCUCACGUGCCUACAAGAAAGAGAGGUCCGCCUGCGUUGCGGUGGUGGCCCUGCGGCCGCUGUUUCAGUCACCUCCUGCUGCAGAGUAGUGAUUUCUUGUUGGAGCUCUUCUCCAAGGGAGGUUUGGUGGCGUAGGUGGCUUUCGGUCUCAUCGGCCUGAUGGUUUAUGGAUGACACACGCACAAUAGAUGCCACAACAGGAUGGUGUGUAUGAUCAUGGUCACCCACACACACAGAGAAACACAGACACACAGACAUAUAUACGCAGAGAGAGAGGCUGACCUGUUUUCGGAGGUUGCCUUUGGCCUUUCUAAUGUCAUGUAGCUUCUCUUGAAGCCCACGGACGUCUUCACCAUGUUUUUGCUGACGAGACCACACACACAGAAACUUCCCCCGCAAGCAUCUCGCACCAUACCUGCAGCUCCUCAUAACGCAUCAUUUGGUUGUUGAGCUCCUGGGCGUAC